AUGCACAAGUGUCGGCUUUGCGACGGCAUCAGAGGCCUUACUGCUGAGAGACUCAAAGCACCGAUUGAAAAGCCACGUGCUCCUCUGAACAAAUCAUCUGGAAAAGGGUGCUAUUCACAUCUAGGAAAAGAAACGGAACUCAUCGUAAGAAAUGUGAGACGGUUCUUCGAUGGACUCAAACAGGAACUAAGAGGCGUCUGCAAAGGAACGCUAUUGGAUCAAACUGCAAUGAUGACGGUGUUAGCAUGUGGUGUCUCAGUGAGAACAGUGAUCAGAGUUACACGAAGUAAUGAUUGGUCGCUUGAUACAAAGGAUAUAAAGAAGGAAAAUCCUAGAAGAAGAAAUUCGAUACAUGACGGAAUUCUACAGCGACAUGGCCAGGAGUGGGGUACGGUUGUGCGUCAAUUCGUCCUUAAUGAGAUAGAACAUCAAGAGGAUGUGACUGCAGCGCAGUUGCACAAUAAGAUUUGUUUUGCAUUUGCAGAUUUUCCAAUUCCUGAACCAAGUUUUCACGUGUUUUUGCGAGCACUUGGCUUCACUUAUAAGAAAGUUGGGACUAAAAGGCUUUUGAAGUUUGAAAGUAAAGACUGCGAAAAUCAGAAGCUUACUGAAGAAGAGGAUUAUGAAGUUGAUGUUGCAUAA